AUGGAGUGCCAGCCACUACAAAAGGCAAAACCAAAACACAGGAAGGGCUUGUGGUCACCUGAAGAAGACAAUAAGCUCAGAAACUACAUCCUUAAGCAUGGUCAUGGCUGCUGGAGCUCUGUCCCCAUUAAGACAGGCUUGCAAAGGAAUGGAAAGAGCUGCAGACUAAGGUGGAUUAACUAUCUAAGGCCAGGAUUGAAGAGAGGGAAGUUCAGCAAACAGGAGGAGGAAACAAUCAUGACCCUUCACCACAUGUCAGGCAACAAGUGGUCACAGAUAGCACAGCAUUUGCCAGGAAGGACAGACAAUGAGAUAAAAAACCACUGGCAUUCAUAUUUGAAAAAGAGAGUGGUCAAAGCUAAGGAAAUGGAAUCUCAUAAACAAAUUCAUUGUGCUAACUCAAGUUCAGAUACCAUGGACUCUUCACCCUCUCUCCAAAAGCUUGCAACUCAAGGCCUACAGAAUUAUAACUUCCCCAAAGAGGCUCAUCAAAGCUCCUUACCAAAACUGUUAUUUGCUGAGUGGCUUUCUCUGGAUCAUCUACAUGGUGGAAACUCUGCAAAUUCAGUUGACUCUUUGGUCUUGAGGAAUGGAUUUGAUCACAAUUCAACUUUUCAAGAAGCUGCAAUGCAUGAUAUGUCAGAAGGACCAUUUGGUCGAGAUUAUCAUAACAGUCUAACUCAUAGUUCAGCCCCUCACAUGUUCAAUUCACAGCUAAAGUUUGCAAAUCAAAUGGUGGGAAAUGGCUUCAUCCAUUGUAUACCUGGGGUUGACUUAUGUAGCAAUUUCAGCUUGAGCAAUGAUUCAAUGUAUGUAUGA